AUGCUCGAGGUUGGACUUAACCCUCAUACCCUCAGGCUGAUCUUCGACGCCAGGGUCUCGAACGCGAUGUUCUCUGACCCCGACUGCGUUCCCCUUGCAGCUGCUCAGGCCCUGGCCUCGGUGGAGGUGCCACCUGGUGAAAGGCUCUUCGUCGCGCAGGGCGACGUCGCUUGCUGCUUUUGCGGGUUCCUGCUGCCGCCGCAUCUGCGCGACGCCUUCGGCUUGCCGCCAGUGCCUUGGGCAGCGCCGCCGCCGGCGGCCCGCCGCGCUUUGGGAUGGUCUUGGGCUGUCUACUUCGUGCAGCAGGCCAUGCGGCACAUCGUGGGCGCCCGCGUCCCAGCGGAUCGCCUGCUCGCCCAGUGCGUGCCGCGCGCGCCCGCGCAGCCUGGCUCGGGCGUCUCGCUGACCCACAUCGACAACUUCGCCGCGCUCGCCACCUCGCAGGAGGAGGCCGGCUGCCGCUCGGAGGAGAUGCUGGCUGCCGUGGCGGCUGCUGGAGUAGACGCUGGCCUUGAGCCCCAUGGCUCGCCGCUGCUGGGCUUUGAGAACUGGACGGCGAGGGCGCGCGGUGGCGCCCCUUGGCUCGUAGGUUUUGGCGCGCGGCCCUGGCCUUGCGCGGCGCACUUGCGCGCGCUGGGCUGGGGCAAGACUCGCCGUGCGGGGCGUCCGAUCGCCCGUGUGGUGGGCCGCGCCUCGGCCAUCGUGUUGCUGCGGCCCGAGAUGCUGUCGGUCUUCUCGUCAGUCUACGUCUUCGCCGACCGCUUCUUCGCCCCGUCUGCCCGCGUCUGGGCUUCGGCGCGGAAGGAGCUGCGGGCUGCCUGGGCGCUGCUGCCGCUGGCCUUGGCCGAUGUGAGCCUGCCAUGGUCGCCGGCUGUGGAAUCGGUAGACGCCUCGCUUCACGGCUUCGGCGUGGCCGAGAAGGACUGGGAUGCGGCCGCCGUCGGCGUUGUCGGGAGGGCGUCAGAGCGCGGCCGCUGCCGAGGCGCCCUCCGCACCAACCGCCGCUCCCGCGAUCUCGUGGAGGUCGCCGCCCGCCGCUGGCGCCGCCGCGACAAGAUCUUGGCGCUGGAAGCGGAGGCAGCUGUCUGGCAGGGUGUGUCUGCACCUGUCAGUCUGGGAGUCAUGAGCGUAUCUCAACAUCUGCUACAAUAUCUCAGCAUCAACAGCAGCCUGAGCAUGAACUACAGCAUGCAGCUAUUCAUCAUUUGCAACCUGCACUUCAUCAUAAUGCGCAACUGCAGCAGCCUGAGCUACAACAACAUCGGCAGCCCGAACAGGAUCUACAGCAGCAGGCGAGACUGCACGGCCCCGCAGCCUCGGACGGACUGCGGGAGCAGCUUGCCGCGGGACGGGCCAUGGCGCGCCUCUUCGCAGCUCCCUUCGCCGCAGGCCUCCCUGGCCCCGAGGAUUCAGGGCCGCCGACCUGCAGCGCCGCGGCAGGGGGCGAGGGUGCCGGCCCCGCGGAGGGCCUCCCAGCGCCCGAGCCGCGAGCCACCCUUGCCGCUUGCGGGCAAGACGCUGACGCGCCAGCCGCCGCCAGUGGCUGCGACGCUGGCCGAGGCCCCAACGGGCCCUCUGCGUCCGCUGCUGGGGCGCCCGCUGGUGCCUUGCCGCGGCGAGACGGGCGCGGGUCGUCGGGCGAGGCGCUCGCUGGCCAGACAGCGGCCCGGCUCGGCGCUCAACGAGGCCGAGGUCAGCGGGCGGGCGGCGCAGCAGCCGGGCUUCACCAUCAGCUACCUUGCUGCCGCCGCUGUCAUGUCGGCGACGCAGCGGAACUACCUGCAGGCGUUGCGCCGGCCGCUGGCCUGGCUGCGGGUGCCGAGAGCGCCCCCGCUGGCGGCUGUCGACUGGGGCCUGAUGCUGGAGCAGCACGUGUACCUGCGCGACCGAGGGCUGCCAGAGGGAGACGCCGCGUGCACGCUGGCGGCGGUGCGCUGGGGGCUUCCCCGUCUGCCGCGCCCGCUGAGGCGCGGGCUCCCGCUUGCGACGGCCGCUGCGAUAGGCUGGAGGCGGCUGGAGAAGCCUUUGUCGCGGCCUCCCGCGCCGCGCCUCGUCGUCGUUCUGCUGGCGCUGUGGCUCUGCGCUCGAGGCCGGGAGGACAUCGCGCUGUUCCUGCUGCUCGCCUUCGAGACGUGCACGCGGCCGAGCGAGGGGCUCGCCCUGGCGGGCAUGCAGCUGGCGCCUCCUGUCCCAGGCGAGACGGGCGCAUGUCAGUGUUGGGCGCUGCUUGUCAGAGCGAGCGAGCUCGACGUGCUUGGCAAGACAGGCGAGUUCGACAACAGCGUCGCGCUGGGCCUGCCGCGCCACCGCCUGCUGGAGCCAGCCUUGCGCCGCCUGAAGCGGGCGCGUGCGGGCA